UCAAGCUAGGCAAGAUCAAAAACCCGGACAUUUGAAGGACUUUAUAAAUGCCGGCUGGACAGGCCGGACAGCCUCUCAAAAGAGGACAUGUCCGGGCAAAAGAGGACAUAUGGUCACCCUAACCUGGAGUUGUGUGCCACAAAAUGCAUUCGAUCAGCUGAAAAGUGAUCUCACUUCACCUCCAGUACUGACACUCUAUGACCCCAACAAAGAGCUGAAACUGUCUGCUGAUGCAUCUUCGUAUGGACUCGGUGCUGUCCUUCUGCAGAAAGAAGAGGAUCAGUGGAGGCCGGUGACCUACACAUCACGCUCAAUGGCAGAGACUGAACAGAGAUAUGCCCAGGUGGAAAAAGAGGCCCUAGGCUUGACUUGGGGAUGUGAAAGAUUCAGAGACUUUCUUAUAGGGAGACAUUUUCUGUUAGAGACUGACCAUAAGCCACUUGUUAGCCUGUUAGGUCAUCAAACACCGACAGAGCUUCCUCCCAGAAUUCAGCGAUUUAGACUUCGGCUAAUGAGGUACAGUUACUCUAUCACACACACACCUGGCAAAGAGCUACACACAGCAGACACGCUCUCACGUGCACCUGUUACCACUAGCUCAAGUUCAAAAUUGAUAGACAAUGAACUGAUGGAAGACACAAACAUCUAUGUUGAUGAGCUAAUCCACAACAUGCCAACCAGCACCACAUACAUGGCACAGCUGAGAGAGCAAUUGAAAGAAGAUAGUGUUUGCUCAGUAGUCAUGACAUUCUGUCAGAAAGGUUUCCCAGACUACCGUAGACUCACAGGUCCUUUGAAAACCUACUGGCCAGAAAGAGCAGUACUUACUGUACAUGAUGGACUGUUACUUAAAGCCUCCAGACUUGUCAUUCCCACAGCUAUGCUCAGCUCUGUCUUAAAGGCCCUCCAUGAGGGACACCAAGGGAUGACAAGAUGCAGAGAGCGAGCCAAGGACUCGGUGUUGUGGCCAGGCCUGAGCAGCCAACUGAAUGAACUGGUGAUGAACUGCUCCAUAUGCAUCAAAGAACAAGCAAAUCCUGUGGAGCUGCUGCUGCCAAGUGAACUCCCUGAUAGGCCAUGGCAGAAGGUGGGAGCAGACCUGUUCAUCCUGAACAAUUGCAAUUACCUGCUAGUAGUGGAUUAUUACUCUAGAUUUGUGGAGAUUGCUAAACUAACACCAACACGGUCAGAGGACGUGAUUGUACACCUGAAGUCUAUUUUUUUCCAGACACGGCAUCCCAGAACUGUUUUUCACCAACAAUGGCCCACAGUUCUCCAGCCAACAGUUCACUGAGUUUUCAUCAGCCUAUGGAUUCAGGCAUGUUACAAGCAGUCCCAAAUUUGCUCAAAGCAACGGCGAAGCAGAGCGACAUGUACAGACUGUGAAAAGACUGCUAAAGAAAGCACAAGACCCAUACCUAGCUCUGUUAGCAUAUAGAGCUACUCCUCUGUCUAAUGGCUACAGUCUGGCUCAACUGCUUAUGGGCCGUAGACUUCGUACUCCAGUACCCCAGCAUCCCUCUCUACUCAGCCCAGAGCUCCCUGAUAAGACAGCAUUUGCAGAAAAAGACAGGGAGAAGAAGAGGAAGGAUGUAAGAGCAUUCAACAAGCGACACCGUGUGAGAAACCUACAACAGCUCACUCCUGGACAGCCAGUGUGGAUCACUGAUUCUAAGACACAAGGCACAGUAGUUUCAACCCACUCCACACACCGUUCAUAUGUAGUGAACAGUCCUACGGGUGCCAUUAGGCGCAACAGACAUCAUCUUACUCCCAUGCCAGAGACUGUUCCUCAGAGUGAGACACCCUGCACACUAACACCAGCUGAGUGUGUCCCAAACACACCGAGGCUCCCUGAGCCUCUCGAUCAGACUCAAAAGACAUUAACACCUGUCCCUACCAGAACUAGGUUUGGCAGAGUGGUGGUAAAACCUCUGAAACUGAACUUGUAAAAAGGGGUGAUGUUUUGUUCCUGAAAAUUCCUUGUGUUCAUCCCUGGAAGGCAUAAGAGUUUAUAAAAGUUUAUUGAAGUUGGAUACAGAAAUAAUUUGCCUCAGUCCAAGUGCAUUUAUGUUUUUUUUAAAGAAAGGGAGAUGUGGUAGAGUGCUGGUUAUAUGUGCUUUUAUUUUGUAGGACAUGGGAGGUUAGAACAGGAAGUUGCAUGGUGAACUUAACUUGACAUGGAACCGAGCAUGUGAGGUAGUUGAAUUGAAUUCUGCAUGUAAGUAAAGGAAGUUAUCUGAAAGUCUCGUCUGUUGGCAUUCUUUACAAGAAAACGCGACAGCUGUAGAUACAAUUAUCAUACUGCUGUUACCCGGAACUUUCACGUUGGAUAAAAAACACCCGAGAAGGUCUAAAGAGAAGGUCUGGGCAGGUUUCUAUAAAGCGAUAAAGUUUCACUCUGACUGUUAUCGAAAGUUGAUUCCAGCGGGAACACUCCACCCUGAGCACCGUCUGGAGGCACGACAAGGUAAAAAAGUCGUAUUUCAACAACUGUGUCCAGGUUUUCUAAUUAGUAAUCUUCGUUUUCUCGUUCCUCGCAGCUUCAACAUGUCUGCCAAAGACACACUGAGGCGCAAUAAAACAGACAUUCUGGCGGCUUUAUGUUCAGAUCGCAUGUUGAUCCUCAACAAGGUCCAGGAGAAGAAUCUGAUAACUGAACGUGAAUACGGCAAUCUGAAAAACAUCAACAAAGUAAAUGAGGAGGGGCACGUUGUUGAGCUUGUGGAUAAAAUCAUGACUAAAGGAGAAAAGACCUGCCAAGAUUUCCUGGAUCUCCUGCAAACUGACGAGGAAAUUAAAGGAACCUUUCCUGACCUGAGCAACAUCCAACUACAUGGUGCAAGACCUUUAACCAGACCUGUCCAGGUCUCCUCAGAGCACAGUGAAGUACCUCUGGGACAACUCAGCAAGAGGCCAAAGAUGGAUGCAGUUUAUCCACUGAACAGCCAGCCGGUCGGCCUCUGUCUGAUCAUAAACAAUGUGAACUUCAUGAGUCACAAAGUCAGAAGAGGGUCAGACAAAGACGCUCAAAGUUUGGCUGAAGAGUUCAGUAAGCUGGGCUUCAGAGUGCUGAUGUGUAAAGACCAAACCAAAGAUGAGAUGGAGCAAACACUGACCUGGUUUUCCUCCCUGACCGACCCUGCUCUGCCACUACAGGAGUUCAGGGUGAAGGAGUGGACUGCCACUAAAUUCACUGAAGCUCAGCAGCUUGUUAAUCAUGGAGAUGCCUUCAUCUGCUGUGUUCUCAGUCACGGAGUGAAAGGUGCAGUUUUGGGGACUGAUGGGAGUCCUCUCUCCAUUAAAGACAUCACCAGAACCUUCAGGGCGACCGAGCAGUCGGCCCUCAAAGAGAAGCCCAAAGUGUUCCUGAUCCAGGCCUGUCAAGGAAAAGAGGAACAGUGUGGAGUGUUAGUAAAAGAUCUGGAGGAAGAUAGUUCCAUCCCUGAAGAAGCAGAUGUUCUGGUUGCCAUCUCCACUGUCCAAGAUUAUGUAUCAUUUAGACACAUAGAAGAUGGGAGCUGGUUUAUCCAAUCUGUGUGUCAGCAGCUGAGGGAAUGCUGUCCCAGGGGCGAGGACUUAUUGACCAUCCUGACUCACGUAAACAACGACGUGAGUCAGAAAGAGGGCUCUGAUCAACCUGGUAAAAAGAAGCAGAUGUCUGAAGUGACGUUCAACCUGAGGAAGACACUUGUGUUUUCACUGCGUCGCAACUGAGGCCACGAAUCUUCAGCUUCAGCUUUAUUUCAUUCAUGUGCGUAGUACACAGUUAAACAAAAUGAUGUUUCUCACAUCCAUUCAUUUUGCAGAGAUAAACGUGUAAAAAAAAAAUCUGAAUAAAUAUCUUUGUCUUUUAUACUGUCGUACAUUUUCGUCAAAAAAUAAAAUUGAAAUUGUGAUGAGCA